GAGCCCUUACCAGCCCCAACAACAAGAACGUCAGCAAGAUGAUGGCUGUACCUUCUGCUGAGAAGCGUCCUCUCAAACGACAGAAAUUAGGUCCCCCAGAUGUCUAUCCUCAAGAUGCCAAGCAAAAGGAGGAUGAAUUGGAUGACGUCAGUGUUAAGCAGGGGUUCACUCAUCGGCCACAGAUACAGGAUGAGUAUGGCAGCGCACAAAAUACCUCCAUCACUGCUGCUAAGGUGGCCAAUUAUUUUAAUGCCAUCUUGAAGAAGAAAGCAGAAUCUAAUCAGCUGCCAGAUACAGCCAGGAAGAAGCAGCAAAUAAACAUUAAAGAUAACUUUUGGUUAGUGACACCAAGAUCCAAAACAGCAAUAGAGGCAUGGUUCAAAGAUCUUGCUGGAUCAAAGGCCCUAACAUCACUUGCUAAAAAAGUUCCCAUAUUCAGCAAGAGAGAAGAUAUGUUCCUAACACUUUGUGAAUAUUCUGUGCCUAUGCUGCGGGCUACUUGGUUUAUUAAAAUGACCUCUGCUUAUCAUGAGUCAAAGGUAGCAGAAUCUAAAAUUAAGAAACGACAACAACCUGAUAUUGCACAAGAAUGGACCCAGACCCUCACAAGACUCCUGCGUGAACAGCACAACAAAAUUGCAGAGAUUUACCUAGGUAACCCUAGUGCAACCUCAGGGGCCUCAUCUGCCGGCUCAACUCCCAAUGCCAACACAAGUGGACCAUCUCUCCCAAGUAACAAUACAACUGCAGCAGCCCCAACUCCACCUGCAACCCAGCCUCCACAGUCAUCACCGCACAAUCAGGGACUCUCCGGUUCUGGGAGUGGAGCACCAGCGGCUACUGGAACAGGACAGCCAACUACUGCACAGCUGACUCAUGUUCUUCGUAACUGGAAUUACUGUCUUCAGUUAGCACACUUUAUGUAUCAGGAAGGCUUACUGGAUCGUCAGGAACUUUUAGAAUGGAUUGUGGAAACGUUUGUACGAUGGCGAGGAACUGAGCAUGACGUUGUUCUUCGUGUUGUGCUGCCUUUACCCUUGCAGUACCUUGAUGACAUCACACAGUCAGAGUACCUUUCACGUAAACUUGCGUAUUAUUCAGCGUCUAAACUAGCCCAGUUGUGUCACGACUCUGGAUACUCUUCACCCAGGCCACAGUCUCCUGUCAACCACAGCAAUAAUGGAAUUGGUGUAAGUGGUCAAGGUUCUGGGACCAGUCAGCCAUCAGGCCCAACAAUAAACCCUCUGGCAGCAACAUUCCAGGAGCUACUCUCUUGCCACCAGCAUCGUCCAGUUGUCCUGGCUGCAUCCUGCUUCAUCCAGGCAAUUACCCUUGACUGUCCAACUGCACUGGUGUGGAACAAUGCUGGUGAGGGUAAAGCUUCCUCUUGGCUGACUGGGUCUCCCCUUGAUGUGCUUCCCUGUGCCCCCUCUGAUCUGCCUAUGCCUCCUCGCUACAACAACCAACAUGUCCGGGUUCAGCUGAAAAUGAUGGAAGAGCACAUCAGACAACGGAGUCGAGCUGCAGAGAAUCGCUGGUCAUUGGAUAAAUAUGCUGUUAAUGUAACUGGAUCUACAAUAAAUAGGGUCUUGGGAGCUCUCGAUGCACUAGAUCGCCACUGCUUCGAUCGUGUAGAUUCAAAUAACUCUCUUGACACUUUAUACAAUAAGAUUUUUGGCUCUACAAAGGAAGCAAAUAAUGAGAACCCAAACAGCAACAGCAGCAGUGGUAGCAAUACUUAUACAAUAAAUAACGUCAGUGGCAAUAAUACUAGCAACAAUAAUGAUGAGGCUAUUGUGCGGACGCUGUGUGAGUGGGCAGUGUCGGUGCAGCGCUGUGGGGAGCACCGAGCUCUGGUUGUUGCUCGCUUGUUGGAGAAGAGGCAAAAUAAUGUCACAUCAGCUGAAAAUGAUCUUCCAGAUGAGAAAGAUUCUGUCACCUCGAAUCAAAUGGUAACACCAGGCGGGUGCAUCUUUCAAAACCUCCUGCUGAAGUUUUUAGAUACCCAGGCUCCUGUGUAUGAUGAGAAUGCUUUAUCAGUAAGAUCACAGGAAUUUGGGAACUUGGUUCUCUUGUUUUCGGAACUGAUUCGUCAAGAUGUGUUUAGCCAUGAUACAUACAUGUGUACUCUCAUCUCUCGUGGUGACCUUGCUACAGGCACUCCAGAUCUGAAGGCUGAUUCUUCCUUUGGAGAAAAGAAAGAAGAUGGGACAGACAAUAUUGAUGAAGAUCUCGGAAAGAUGGUUCAAAAAAUUGCCGUAGACACUAGUCUGGAAGAGUCUGGCACGGGAGGAAGAGGAGAGCUUCGAGGAGAAGGUAAACAAAGACCUCCCAGACACUUGGUGUACGCACAACAUUUCCCUCUGCCACAAGAUGAUGCUUACAUGCAUGAGAUAAAUCAGCGGUACGUGUUGCUGUAUGGUGUAGGCAAGACUAGGGAUGAAGCACGAGCUGCAGUGAAGAAGCUUACUAAGGAAAUUUGCAAGUUGUUUAGCAAGAAGUACAGCAUUGAUAUUGCUGAAGGUGGCAAAGUUAAAAAAUCUUCGAGGGGAGACUUCAACUUUGAGGCUAUUUUGAGUAAAUUUUGUGGUCUUUCUUACUUUGAUCAGCAUCACAUCACUAGUACUGUGGCUUCUCAGGUUCUCGAGAUGUUGUCAGGCUGUGGUUCUGGCAUGUCCAACUACCUGCCAACCCAUGAUCACAUUGCCUUCCUGAUGGACCUCAUGGAAGUGGCACUCAAUGUUCAUGGUCUCAUUGAACUCUGCAUUCAGAUGAUCAAAGAGGUUAGUGAAAUAGAGGCUCAGCUGGUAGAGCGGGGCUGCUUAGCUGGCUGGUAUUGCCCAGCUCUUCUCCUUCAUGUUGUUGGUGUUCUCAGGAAGUAUCAUUGUUGUUUGCUUGUGUCACAGGAGCAGACUUGUGCUAUCUUCGAAGGUUUGUGCCGCCUGGUGAAGGCUAACCCUUCAGACUGUACCUCCCCUGAACGAGUGGUUUUUGCAUACCUUUAUGAGCUUUAUGCUUCAUGUUCCUUCCUGAAGUCAAAACAUCAUGAGCUAUUCUCAGUAGUGUACCCAAAAAUCAAACAAGCUCUUUAUGCUAGUAUCAGCCCAGCACAGGGAACAUACCGAUGGUCUCCACAGUUUAUGGAGGAGUACAUAAAAAAUCCUAAGUUAAAAGUUGAUUCCAGCAUAAUCAAACAGCUGUCUGACCCUAGCAACCGGUAUAGUUUUGUAUGUAAUGCAAUCAUUGAUGCUUGUGCCUCCAAAACUUCCAAUGAAAAGCUGAAUGACAUGGCUGUCCUAUGUGCAGAACUCACUGCUUCAUGUAAUGCUCUCUCUGCAGAAUGGUUAGGGGUUCUGAAUGCGCUGUGUUGCUCAUCCAUGGAGAGUCACGGUUACAUUGAAGUUUUGUCACAAGUUGCUCUUCGGGAUCCACAUUCAACGCCAACUAUUCACAGCUCCUUGGCUGUAUUCACUGCGAUUCUUAUUGCUCGCCAUUGUUUCACACUUCCUGAUUUUCUCAAGUGUGUUGUUCUUCCCUCUCUGAUGGCAGCAUGGAACUCAGGGGAGGGCAAUCCAGAAGCAGAGCCAGGCGCACGCUUGACAUGUCAUCUGUUGCUGCGUAUUUUCAAGAGUGUUGACACUCCACAACCAGCACAGUAUUCAGCAGGCUCCUCUCAGAGUGUUCCCCCGGGAUUCUUGUACUUGAUCACUUUUAUUUUAGCAGGAAAUUUGAAUCAAGUGUCUCAUGCGUGUACAUCCAUAGGCUAUGUGAUUAUAGUGUGUAAAUUUCUUACUAUGCCAUCCUCCAAAAUGUCUUUAGUGAUGGAUUUAGAUGAAUGGAGUUUACGCAUCUCUUGGCUGGACCUCCACCUCAUGUAUGAACAACAGAGAAUUUCAACCCAGGAGCUCAAUACAUGGCUUGAUAAUGUAGCUCAAGCAGCUAUUGAAGUGUUCCAUCUUAACCUUGAUCCAGAUGGAUCACCCAUGUCACCCUCGCUAACUGGUCACAGACCUCGAAAGCCUCAAUCCAUAUGUUUAGUGGCUCCACUGAUUUCAAAACUGCCUAAAGCUGUGCAAGGAAGAGUCUUGAAAGUGGCAGGUCAAGUUCUUGAGUCAGUGAAUUUUGGGGCCUAUUCUGGUAAUUCCAAGCCAACAGAUGAUGAGAAUGCAACAGGUGAGGGACCUGUAGCAAGUCCUCCACCAAGUCACAGUCAACCCAGUAGUGUGAGUAGCAGUAAUGGAAUGGAAAAUCCUCCUGGAGGAAGAUCACUGGGACACUGGCCGCUGGCAUCUCACCGGCCAUUUCUUCAACUUGUGCUCAUGUGCCUUGAUGGUCAGGAUGAUCAGUUAACUGAACUACUUGAAUCUCUCAGGACACAGCUCACACAGUCUCUCUUCUCUCCUAAAGAGGAAAAACCUGGGGCUCUUCAAGUGACAUUUCCUGAAGAUGGCAGAAGCCGUCAACUGAUGCUGGAGGCCUUGAGCCUGAGAUUUGCCCUUGUAGGAGGCCUCUUUGACGUGAUAACUUCUUCUUAUUCAAACUCUAUUAUAACUGAGUGGGCUCUGCUCCUAGUUAAUCUCAUUAUAUUUGCUGUGAUUGAUCUCUCCAAUAAUAGUGAACUCUUCAACACAGUACUGGACAUGUUAGCAACACUAAUUCAUUCCACUUUAAUGUCUGACGGACCAUCUGAAUCUCGUGAAGAGAACAGAAGACAUUACUACAAUCUAGUCAAAAAGGUUAAAAAGGAAAUUGGGGAGCGUAACAAUGUGUCAUUGCGCUUGGUGCGACAGUUGAUUCCACUGCCUAAGUUGCAGGCAGAGGUCAUAACUCUUGAACCCUGGGGAUCUGUCACAGACACUAAAGGCAAUCGCUUACAAGAAUUUGACAAGGACAAGAAACAUGGUUUGCAAGCAGCAGAGAAACAAAAGCUUAGUCCAUGGGAUAUUUUAGAUGGUCAUCGUAAUCCUGCUCCUCUGUCAUGGGCAUGGUUUGGUGCCACUAGACUUGAGCGCAAACCUCUCAAAUAUGAAGAAGCUCAUCGACUACUAAGAUUCCAUACACAUACAGUGACGAAGCCUGUAGCCUUUUACCUUGAACCUCCUCCACUACCUCCAGAAGAUUUGGAGCCUGUAACAGACAAGCAGCAGGUGAAGGAAGAAGUGAAAGCUCCAGAUACCCCUACCUCAGACCAGUCACCACGAGCUGCAUCAAAACGUGGAGGCAAAGCGCAGCGUAACAGGCGACGAGCGCCCAGACAAGUGGCCAGUGUCAACAACAUGGCUAGUCCCACUAUGCCAGCUAUGACAUACCAGAGCCCUGGGUUCAGUGGACCAGCACCAGCACAGUGGGCCUCAGGAUUUGGGCAGCAACAGCCACCUCAGCAGCAGCAGCCAUUCUACACUCAGCAGCCUUUACCACCAGAACCUUGGCCACUUACAACAAGGUUUAAAAAAAAUCCUAGUAAUGCAUACACGAAAAAGAGUGAUGACCAAUCUCCACUGAAGACAGGAACAGAGUUUAAUAUAAGGGAUAUUAAAACCAGUAGCCUUGAGACUGCUGAAGCUGGUGGUGUUAGGUUCCAGGCCUCUAUUUCACAUAGUCGAGUAGCAAUUCGACAAAUGCUCUGUCAGCGCCAACCAGGACCACCAGGAAUCAUGACGGGUCAGUCUACCAACCCAGGAUUUACAAACAUGGCUACUGGACCCAUGGCUACUAUGAGUCGUCAGGGGCCUAUGAUAAGGUCUGGGAUACGAAGUGGUCUAACAGCUCCUCAGCAAGGACCUAUGUAUGGUAGUGGUGGAGCCAUGCAGGGUGGCCCUAUGCCUCAGGGUAUGCCUGGCCAGGCAGGUCAGAUGUAUUCAGCCAUGGGUGCUGGUGGACCUGGAGGUCCUCCAGGUGGACCUAAUGGACCAGGACAAGGUGGUAUGGCCCAGUAUGGAUCAUAUCAACAAGGCCCUAUGGCAAGUGGGCAGAUGAUGAGCCAGGGUCCAACAGGGGGUAGUGUCCCUACAGGCCCUGGAGGCCCUGCCAGUAGCAUGAUGAGCCAGGGUUACCAGCCAGGAUACCAGGCUAACCCAGCAAUGAUGGGACUACGGCAGCAGCAGCCAGGUGCUUAUAUUGGGCCAGGCAUGACUCAGUCACAGAUAGUGCAGCGGCCACAGUAUAUCCAGGGCCCUGGAGGGAAUGGCAGCAUGGGAAUAAUGAGUAGCAGCCAGGGGUACACAAGACCAGGUAUGCAGGCCAUGGGACCAGGACAAGCCAUGGGUCCUAGUACACAAGGCAUGGGUCCUGCUGGACAAGGAAUGGGUCCUGGGCAAGGAAUGGGUCCUGGGCAAGGAAUGGGUCCUGGACAAGGAAUGGGUCCUGGGCAAGGAAUGGGUCCUGGUGGACAAGGAAUGGGUCCUUCUGGGCAAGGAAUGGGCCCUGGGCAAGGAAUGGGCCCUGCUGGGCAAGGGAUGGGUCCUGGGCAAGGAAUGGGUCCUUCUGGGCAAGGAAUGGGCCCAUCAGGGCAAGGAAUGGGUCCUUCAGGACAAGGAAUGGGUCCUGCUGGACAAGGAAUGGGUCCUUCAGGGCAAGGAAUGGGUCCUUCAGGGCAAGGAAUGGGUCCUUCAGGGCAAGGAAUGGGUCCUUCAGGGCAAGGAAUGGGCCCUGGUGGACAAGGAAUGGGCCCUGGUGGGCAAGGAAUGGGUCCUUCUGGGCAAGGAAUGGGCCCUGGGCAAGGAAUGGGCCCAGCUGGGCAAGGAAUGGGCCCAGCUGGGCAAGGUAUGGGUCCAUCUGGGCAAGGUAUGGGCCCAACUGGGCAAGGAAUGGGCCCUGCUGGGCAAGGAAUGGGUCCUGCUGGACAAGGAAUGGGCCCAGGUGGACAAGGAAUGGGCCCUGCUGGACAAGGAAUGGGCUCUGCUGGACAAGGAAUGGGUCCAGGUGGACAAGGUAUGGGACCUGCUGGACAAGGAAUGGGUCCAGGUGGACAGGGAAUGGGUAGUGCUGCACAGACCAUGGGAGCAACCAGUGCUAGUAUGAUGAGACAAAGAAUGAUGCUUGCUGGUGGACCCAACAGUGCUACACAAACAGGGCCUGGAGGUCCUGGUCAGGGAGGAGCGCUGUUAUCUCACCUUCAGCGACCUAUGGGAAGUGUACAGCAACAGCAACAACAGCAACAGCAGCAACAGCAGCAGCAGCAACAACAACAGCAACAAAUGAUGCAUGCAAAUUCUCAAGGACUCGGCUACCCACAGCAGCCACCAUAUUGAUAAAUUGUCUUUAUCACUGACCAGUAUUAUAUUUUGGUUUGUGCUUGGUUCUCAUCCUUUAACUAAGAUAUAGUAGAUAUUUUCAAUAUAAUAUAGCUUUGAGUUAUUAGUUUCUAUUUGUUAUCAGAUCUUAAGUUAAUUGUCAAUUCUUGUCAUUUAAGAUAUAGUAUUGUGUUGUACAUUAAUUUGCCCGUAGUAAAUUUUAAUCUUGGCCUGGUCACAGACCGGGCCGCGGGGGCGUUGACCCCCGGAACUCUCUCCAGGUAAACUCCAGGUAAUACGUACAUAUUAUAUAUCAUUUUCUUUAUGUUAAAUUCUUGAGCAGAAUAGUAUUUGUAUGGAUGUAAAGCAAGGAUCAUGUGCACAUUUAUUAAGGUCACUGUCAUGUGCUGUACCUUUGCUCUUGGGAAUUUUGCCACCUCCGAGCACAAUCACAAAGGUUUUUUUAUUUUUUUUUUUAUUAACACACUGGCUGAUUCCCACCAAGGCAGGGUGGCCUGAAAAAGAAAAACUUUCACUACCAUUCACUCCAUCACUGUCUUGCCAGAAGGGUGCUUUACACUACAGUUUUUAAACUGCAACAUUAACACCCCUCCUUCAGAGUGCAAGCACUGUACUUCCCAUCUCCAGGACUCAAGUCCGGCCUGCCGGUUUCCCUGAAUCCCUUCAUAAAUGUUACUUUGCUCACACUCCAACAGCACGUCAAGUAUUAAAAACCAUUUGUCUCCAUUCACUCCUAUCAAACAUGCUCACACAUGCCCGCUGGAAGUCCAAGCCCCUCGCACACAAAACCACCUUUACCCCCCUCCCUCCAGCCUUUCCUAGGCCAACCCCUACCACCCCUUCCUUCCACUACAGACUGAUACACUCUUGAAGUCAUUCUGUUUCGCUCCAUUCUCUCUACAUGUCCGAACCACCUCAACAAACCUUCCUCAGCCCUCUGGACAACAGUUUUGGCAAUCCCGCACCUGCUCCUAACUUCCAAACUAUGAAUUCUCUGCAUUAUAUUCACACCACACAUUGCCCUCAGACAUGACAUCUCCACUGCCUCCAGCCUUCUCCUCGCUGCAACAUUCAUCACCCAUGCUUCACACCCAUAGAGGAGCGUUGGUAAAACUAUACUCUCAUACAUUCCCCUCUUUGCUUCCAAGGACAAAGUUCGUUGUCUCCACAGACUCCUAAGUGCACCGCUCACCCUUUUCCCCUCAUCAAUUCUAUGAUUCACCUCAUCUUUCAUAGACCCAUCCGCUGACACGUCCACUCCCAAAUAUCUGAAUACAUUCACCUCCUCCAUACUCUCUCCCUCCAAUCUGAUAUACAAUCUUUCAUCACCUAAUCUUUUUGUUACCCUCAUAACCUUACUCUUUCCUGUAUUCACUUUCAAAUUUCUUCUUUUACAUACCCUACCAAAUUCAUCCACCAACCUCUGCAACUUCUCUUCAGAAUCACCCAAGAGCAAAGUGUCAUCAGCAAAGAGCAACUGUGACAACUCCCACUUUAUGUGUGAUUAUCUUUUAACUCCACACCUCUUGCCAAGACCCUCGCAUUUACUUCUCUUACAACCCCAUCUAUAAAUAUAUUGAACAACCACGGUGACAUCACACAUCCUUGUCUAAGGCCUACUUUUACUGGGAAAUAAUCUCCCUCUUUCCUACAUACUCUAACUUGAGCCUCACUAUCCUCGUAAAAAGUCUUCACUGCUUUCAGUAACCUACCUCCUAUACCAUACAUCUGCAACAUCUGCCACAUUGCCCCCCUAUCCACCCUGUCAUAUGCCUUUUCCAAAUCCACAAAUGCCACAAAAACCUCUUUAGCCCUAUCUAAAUACUGUUCACUUAUAUGUUUCACUGUAAACACCUGGUCCACACACCCCCUACCUUUCCUAAAGCCUCUUUGUUCAUCUGCUAUCCUAUUCUCCGUCUUACUCUUAAUUCUUUCAAUAAUAACUCUACCAUACACUUUACCAGGUAUACUCAACAGACUUAUCCCCCUAUAAUUUUUGCACUCUCUUUUGUCCCCUUUGCCUUUAUACAAAGGAACUAUGCAUGCUCUCUGCCAAUCCCUAGGUACCUUACCCUCUUCCAUACAUUUAUUAAAUAAUAGCACCAACCACUCCAAAACUAUAUCCCCACCUGCUUUUAACAUUUCUAUCUUUAUCCCAUCAAUACCAGCUGCCUUACCCCCUUUCAUUUUACCUACUGCCUCACGAACUUCCCCCACACUCACAACUGGCUCUUCCUCACUCCUACAAGAUGUUAUUCCUCCUUGCCCUAUACAUGAAAUCACAGCUUCCCUAUCUUCAUCAACAUUCAACAAUUCCUCAAAAUAUUCCCUCCAUCUUCUCAAUACCUCUAACUCUCCAUUUAAUAACUCUCCUCUCCUAUUUUUAACUGACAAAACCAUUUGUUCUCUAGGCUUCCUUAACUUGUUAAUCUCACUCCAAAACUUUUUCUUAUUUUCAACAAAAUUUGUUGAUAACAUCUCACCCACUCUCUCAUUUGCUCUCUUUUUACAUUGCUUCACCACUCUCUUAACCUCUCUCUUUUUCUUCAUAUACUCUUCCCUCCUUGCAUCACUUCUACUUUGUAAAAACUUCUCAUAUGCUAACUUUUUCUCCCUAACUACUCUUUUUACAUCAUCAUUCCACCAGUUGCUCCUCUUCCCUCCCACACCCACUUUCCUGUAACCACAAACUUCUGCUGAAAACACUAACACUACAUUUUUAAACCUACCCCAUACCUCUUCGACCCCAUUGCCUAUGCUCUCAUUAGCCCAUCUAUCCUCCAAUAGUUGUUUAUAUCUUACCCUAACUGCAUCCUCUUUUAGGUUAUAAACCUUCACCUCUCUCUUACCUGAUGCUUCUAUUCUCCUUGUAUCCCAUCUACAUUUUACUCUCAGUGUAGGUACAACUAAAAAGUGAUCUGAUAUAUCUGUGGCCCCUCUAUAAACAUGUACGUCCUGAAGUCUACUCAACAGUCUUUUAUCUACCAAUACAUAAUCCAACAAACUACUGUCAUUUCGCCCUACAUCAUAUCUUGUAUACUUAUCCUCUUUU